AUGGAUCCCGAACAAACCUUGCCAUAUACCCCCGGGCCCAUUGAGCACUCCACUCAGAUUCAAGUCCAGCAACGGCAGCCUUCUCCAUCGUCACUGGGAUUUACAGACAACGGAGGUCGUCCACAGACCCAGUCAUCGGGGACUGAGAAGCCCCUACUUGGCAAUGACAGUUCACAGGGACAGUCACCGGCUCGUGAUCACAAUGAUCUAUAUGCGGAUUUUGAGCCCGUUCCUCGGGCUCCUCGAGCUACGAGAAGCCGGGACGGUCAUAUGUUGCGUGGACUGUCGCGGCACACAGUUGUGUCAGGCCAUGCUCCUGCCAACGCUUCUGACCUUGGCUGGAUAGUGCCCGUCGAGGAGGAACCUCGUUUACAAAUUUUGCUCGGGGCGCUUACCACGGGUCUUGCGGCGUCAUUAUCUGGUAGGCAGGUUUCGAUCGCUAUCACCAUUCUUGGUGUCAUGUCGACCAUAACGGCUUCUCUCCUCACUCGGGCAAGGGGAUUAAACGAACCAGAAUUAUCCAACACUCGCGUAACGAACCUAGAACAUUUUUUAAGAGACUGCGAUGCGUUCCAAACGGACUGUGGAGAAGAAUAUGGAACAACUGAAAAUGGGCUGAAUGAUCGGCUCGAGCGUCUCAGAAAAGAGUUCGAAAAAAUUCUUCGAGAUACCGAUGGGCAGCAGAACCCCCCCACGCCUAUUCAAGUUAGGGCGGGUGACCAAAGGUCCGCAAAACUUCCUGGAAAUGCUGAUGGGCAGCAGAACCUUUCCCUGCCUAUUAAGGCGGGUGACGAAAUAUUCGAAAAAUUUGUUGGAAAUGCUGAUGGGCAGCAGAAGUUUUCCCUGCCUAUUAAGGCGGCUAGGUGA